AUGGACUCUGAGGAUGAGAGACUGCUUGAUGUACAGGAAAAGAAAAAGAAGCAGCCAUUCUGGUAUCCCAGCGUACCAACUGUGUGUCUGAGACUUUACGAAGAUGAAGAAGCACAGGCCGCACUGGAGAUAUGGCGAAGCGAAUUCGGAAAUCAUCUUCAAAAUGGUGGAAUGGAACCAAGUUCACAAUCCAAGCCUACCGAUAUCACCGGCCUGAUCCGUGCCCGACGAUUCUUCCACUCCUUGGAAGGAUACCAUACUGGCUCGCUCGAUCUGACAGGUCGUAGCGAGGCUCGGUACCGCUCCCUGAUUUCGCGGAUGAAGAAGUUGCUAGAAGACCUCGCCAAAGUCAAAGCGUAUUCCAAACGAAUUGAGUCUGUGGAUCACUUUGGAGAACAUACAUUUGUGUUCGUGGACUACGAAGUAACUCCUCCAUCAGUUUUGCAAAACUUCCGAGCGAAGUGGAAGAUGCCUUAUUGCGACUUGGGAGAGAUAAUUUCGAUGGCCGUCCAUCUUGAAAGAGUAAUGGAAAAGCAUCCGAAACCCAUAUUUCAGCAGCUUUUUCUUUUGGAUCUGCCGCCUGAGCUGAUCCACCACGUCAUGGCAUGCCAUGAUGUCCAAACCGCGCGCAUGUCUGUGCAGUCUCUGACAUCUCUAUCCUCACUCAGCAGGUCUUUACAGAGCCGUAGGAUGGGCCUCUGGUACGAUUAUGCCUUAUACGGUCAAAUAGCCUCGUACACGGAGGAGGAGACGAACAAGUACUUUCGGGACUACUCGCUCGAGAUGCAUCGAAAAUUCCUCAACGAUGUCGACUUUCUUCUCUCCCGUCGCGACAUCCUCCAUCGUAUCAUUGACUUGUCCUUCAUUACCGGAUGGCGAGAUGGCUCUCUCUCGCGUGCGGGCAUAGAAAGAGGCUCGGAUGCGUGGCGCACUUACAUGACCCCGGUGUGGGACGGCUUUGCGAGCGCCUUACAGCACACUAUACAUUUGUCCACGCUCAAGCUUCUCUUCACUGUCGUGACACCGGCGAUGGUAGACGCAUUGGCAGCCAUUCCUACUCUGCGUACUCUAGAGUGUCAUGCAUGCCCAUGUGCCCUCGCACUCCAGGCCAACAGCCAGCCCUCACUCACGUCGGUGUGCAAUGUCAUCAUCGACGUGGUCGAGGUGGACACUCACGCUGCUCUCAGUAUUCUGAAGCAUCUCCCGAACGUGCGCGUGCUCGGGGUGCAUGGGGGGCAGGCGCAGGUGCUGGACUUCGAUUCAUUGGUUCACCACGGUUACAUCUUGAACCCCUUUCUCACCUCAGAACGAAUGAUCGUGGAAAAUGCCUCCGUCGAGACUGUGUUCUCCAUAAUUUUGCACGCAUCCGCCAUUGCAAGCAUGCCUGGAGGCGGCCUACGCCUCACACACUUCAAGCUCGAGUCGCCGUUCGGUCUGCGUUCGAAUAACGUGUUCGACAUGAUUGGUGCUCUACGCGGCGCUCCGCUACGGGUGCUCGCCCUGGAAGGCCUCGAAUAUGUUGAAGACGAGUUGUUUGACCUCAUUGCAACUACCUUUCCGGACUUACGCAUGCUGACGCUAUUCAGACGGGAGAGUGAGCGGCAGCUCAGGAACAGGGCGAGUGCAUGGCCUGGCACAACCUGGGAAUAUGCACAACGCCUUGCUCAGUUUCCUCACCUCGAGCAUUUUGGGUGGAACUUCAGCAUGAGACCCGAAAUCUUCCCGACGACGUUCGACUUCGUCUUCAUGGAGGAAGGCUACUCGGAAUCUAAUUGCGCGCGCCGGAUGGAGAUGGGCGAAGACGACCUGUACUUCUUGGAUUGGGCGUGUCUCGCACGGUUGUUCGCGGCGUACUGUCCUUCGCUGCGGAGCCUUGCAUUCCUGAUCGAACAUAACCUGUCGUCGCUGAGCUUCAGCAUGUCGAGAGAUUGCGAAGGCCGGCUUGUAGUGGCAUCCGACGAUUUCAGCGUCCCUCACCCUCACCGCCAUCUAUGGGCCAGCCCAUCAUUGCGCACAAUCUGUUACAAUCCAUGGGUAAUGGGGCAGCAAUCAUAA